CGCUCCCGACACUGUCAAAGAUGUUUUUCUGCUGUCCCGUUACCGCUUCCCGUCAGCCCUCGCGCCAUGGCGGCGGCCACCCCGCGUCCCGACCCAAGAUGGCGCCCGCGUGCGUGAUGGAGGGUCCGGUGUUGUAGUGCCCUGUAUGGCUGCUAAGCGACGCGCCUGACACCACACGGCGCGGGCGGCGGCAGUGAGGGAUGGGUGUCGUUUGGGGAAUUCAAGAAUAAAACGAAAGCAGUUUCUGUCGCCCCCGUUCCUCGUGCAGCGGUGUGUCGCUGGCGUCACGGCCCCGCCCCGGCAGCCCCGCGCGAGCGAUCGCGAGGUCUGCGCGGAGCACGCGGGGCGCCGGGGUGACCUGGCGUCCGAGCUCAGGGGAGGCUGGCGGCGGCAUGGCAGAGGAACGCGAUCCGGGCGGCCCCCACCACGUCGCGGCUCCAGCGGCGGAGGGUAACGAUGGGGCUGAACUGGAGAGCAAGGCCGAGGGAGGCGGGGGUGACCCCGCGGAAAGCCCCGCAGCCUGCCCCGACGUGUACGGAUACAUUAAGGGAGACUUGUUUACUUCCGAGAUCUACAAAGUAGAAAUACAAAACCUUCCCAAGUACAUCGGGUUUAAUGAUGUGAAAAAGUUCCUUGCUAAAUACGGACUCAAUCCUCAUAAGAUAAAACUUUUUGGGAAGCAGACCUUUGCGUUCGUGACGUUUAAGAGUGAGGAGGAGAGGGACAAGGCCAUGAAAGUCCUCCAUGGGGUUCUGUGGAAGAGCCGGCAGCUGAGCAUCAGGCUUGCCAAGCCGAAGGCUGACCCGAUUGCAAAAAAAAGGAAGAAGGAAGAGGAGACAGAGCAGGGAGAGGUGAAGCGUCCGGCUCCCGCCAAAGCUGAAGAGGAGCCUCUGAGCAAGCAAAUAGCGGAUGUCGUGACCCCACUGUGGAACAUGCCCUAUGAAGAGCAGCUGGCCAAAAAGAAGGAGGAAUGUGAACAAGUGCUGCAGAAGCUGACAAAGGAAAUAGGAAAUAACAACAGAGCUUUGUUACCAUGGUUGUUCCUGCAGAAGCAGAAGUAUAAUAAAUUGUGCUGCCCAGUAGAGGGAGUGAAAGCAUCACCGUUACAGACUGAAUAUCGCAACAAAUGUGAGUUCUUGAUUGGGACUGGUGUAAACCAAGAAGACAAAACUGUGGGUUGUCGUCUUAGCAAAUACAAGGGUGGUACAUGUGCUGUAGUGGAGCCAUUUGAUACUAUACACAUUCCUGCUAUUGCCAAAAAAGUAGUAAAAGCUUUCCAAGACUACAUCAGGUCAACUCCUUAUUCAGUUUACAGCCCAGAAACCUAUGAAGGCCACUGGAAGCAGCUCACAGUCCGCACCAGCAGGAAUGGCCACAUCAUGGCAAUUGUUUAUUUUAAUCCUCAGAAAUUAAGUAAAGAAGAGCUGUCUGACCUGAAAAUCUCUCUGGCAAAAUACUUCACAGAAGGGAUGGGAAAGAGCAGUGGUGUAACUUCUCUGUAUUUCGUGGAGGAAGGACAAAGGAAAUCUCCCAGUCUGGAAGACUUGCCUUUGGAGCACGUGGCUGGUGACAAGUACAUAUAUGAAGAACUUCUUGGCCUAAAAUUUAGAAUUUCUCCUCAUGCAUUUUUUCAAGUAAACACUGCAGCUGCAGAAGUUUUGUACACUGCCAUUAGGGAGUGGGCACAGCUGAGCCAGGAGAGCACGGUACUGGAUGUUUGCUGUGGUACAGGAACUAUUGGGAUUUCUUUGGCCAAGACAAAUCUCUUUUCCUCGAUUCUACAGAAAGUAAAGAAAGUGAUUGGAAUUGAGCUCUGCCAAGAAGCUGUGCAGGAUGCCAAAGUGAAUGCCCAGAUUAAUGAACUGAAUAACAUCGAAUUUCACUGUGGGAAGGCUGAAGAUAUUGUUCCUUCCCUAAUUAAUGUAUUAGCCCUUCAGAACCUGAUCACUAUUGUUGAUCCUCCACGAGCAGGGCUGCAUUCCAAGGUGAUUCUCGCCAUUAGAAGAGCUGAACACCUGAAGAAGCUCAUUUAUGUAUCCUGCAAUCCCCGAGCUGCAAUGAAUAACUUUGUGGACCUUUGCCGGGCCCCUUCCAACAGGGUCAAAGGAGCCUCCUUCCGUCCUGUCAAGGCACUGGCUGUGGAUCUCUUCCCUCAGACCAGGCACUGCGAGUUACUGAUACUCUUUGAAAGGGUGGAAUAUACAAACGGGAGCUCUGCUGAAGCAACAUCUGAUGCUCCUCAAGCCACCACAUCAGAAUGUGACUCAGAGUGCCUGGAUGGCACCAGCCAUUCCAACAUGGAAGUGAGCCAGGCAACUUCUGUAGCUGGAGAUGCUGUGCUUGGAGAGAGGGAAUCCAUGUAAAGCCCCAGAGACACUUUCCAGAAGUGACUUCUGCUUGUUAACUGUAACAUUAUUUCUGUAAUAUCAGGUAAUAAAUCAGAGCAGUUGCAAGGCUUCCACAUUAUUUCAUCAUCCUAAUUUAAAUUAAAUUUCGUUAUGUACUGUCAGACCAAAUCCUGCUUUUCUGCUCCUGCCUUCAGGGGGGUAUUCAGGUGAGUCAAGUAAUACAUAGGGUGGUCUCACUCUUUAAACAGUUGAAACCGCUUUAAAUAAAGUGUUCUGUAAGUACACUCA